CGCUUGAGCGAGCGUGCGCGCACACGCGCGACUCUUGCGAGGAUUACGGUAAGGAGUCUGGCAGGCUGGAGGUCAGAGCGAGAGAAAGACAGGCAGACAGCAGUUGCUCGACGCUACAGCUGCAUCAACUUAGACACUUCACUGUGGAAGAAGGCGCCUUGCCGAAAGAUAAGCCUGUAUCCUCGCCUACUUGCAAAAAUCAGCAACGAAGAGAGAUGUGAUUUAGCUUCAGUUGAUUGACUUCAACAGGAUAAAAUGACCACUGUGUUGAUCCUUGACAUGUAAAUGGCGUCCAAAGUCCGAGAUGCUGUAUUGUGGUACCAGAAAAAAAUUGGGGCCUAUGAUCAACAGAUUUGGGAGAAGUCGGUUGAACAGAGAGAGAUAAAGUUUGUUACAUUGGGCCUAAGGAACAAGCCAAAGAAGACAGGACAUGUGAAAUCCGACCUUAUAGAUGUCGACCUUGUGCGAGGUUCGGCAUUUGCUAAAGCAAAACCAGAAAGUCCUUGGACAUCUCUGACCCGAAAGGGCAUUGUACGAGUCGUGUUCUUUCCUUUCUUUUUCAAAUGGUGGAUCCAAGUUACCUCAAAAGCAAUCUUCUUUUUGCUAUUAUUUCUGUACCUCCUUCAAGUGGCAGCAGCAGUAUUAUUUUUUACAAUUUCCCAAGAACACAACAUCCCUGUUACUGAAGUGUUUGGAGCAGUUUGGCUCAUGUUACUUUUGGGAACAGUUCAUUGCCAGAUUGUUUCAACAAGGACCCCUAAACCUGCUCCUAGUGGUGGUGGAAAAAGGAGAAGGAAGUUAAGAAAAGCAGCACAUUGGGAGGUGCAUAGGGAAGGAGAUGGCUCUAGCACUACAGAUAACACACAGGAGGGGGUGCUGCACUGCUCUGAUUCUGCAAUCACUUACAGCCUUGGUGCUAUCUUCAGAGAUUUCUGGCAUGAUUUCUUUAAACCAGGAUCAAAGAAAACAAAGGCAUCAAUUGACAAAUCAACAGAAACCGAUAAUGGCUAUGUGUCACUGGAUGGAAAGAUGACUAGUAAGAGCAGUGAGGAUGGCACUCAGACACAUAAUCCACACGGUGAUGUUGCGAGGUCAGAAGAGGGGGGCAGUUGGAAUGCUGGUUCUGCUACGAGACACUUACACCAUCAUGGUCAACACAAGGAGUCACCCAGAACAAUGGGCAGUUUGUCUGAUGAAGUAUCCAGUGAGGAUGAUGCAGGUGGAGGAUUUGUGCAUAGCCGUCGUGUAAUUGACCGAGCUUCAAGUGACUGUGCAUUGCGAAACAGAAAGCUACAUCAUUACAAGAAGCACUACAUUUCUGAAGAUGCACCGAGAUCAGGAACCAGCUGCAGCUCCCAUUGUUCAAGCUCUCGUCAAGACUCUGAGAGUACGAGACAGGAAUCUGAAACUGAAGAUGUUCUUUGGGAAGAUUUUCUGCACUGUGCAAAAUGCCGUUCUUCCUGCACUAGUGAGACCGAAGGAGAGCACCCAAAUGUUUGUACUGGAACCAAGAAAGAGUUCAGAGAUGACCCCUUUCAUCAGGCUCACAUCCCAUGGCUUCAUAACUGUAACCCAGGCUUGGAAAGAGUGAGUGCCAUAGUGUGGGAAGGUAAUGAGUGUAAAAAAGCCGAUAUGUCUGUCCUGGAGAUCAGUGGAAUUAUUAUGAACCGAGUAAAUGUCUAUACUCCCGGGAUAGGUUACCAGAUUUUUGGCAAUGUGGUUUCAUUAAUCCUUGGACUGACUCCAUUUGCAUACAGACUGUCUCAGUACACUGACUUGGAGCAGCUCACCUCUUUGUCGGCCUUGGAGCUCUUAAAUGUUGCAUUUGGUUCUAACUCUGAAAGUACAGUCAUAUUAAUGGUGCUGACAAGUUUUGUGGUCCGAAUCUGUGUUAUAUGGCUUUUCUUCUUUCUUCUGAGUGUUGCAGAGCGCACUUACAAACAGAGGCUUCUUUUUGCCAAGCUGUUUGGACAUUUAACUUCUGCAAGAAGAGCCAGAAAAUCAGAGGUUCCGCAUUUUCGUUUGAAGAAAGUACAAAAUAUAAAGAUGUGGCUGUCACUCAGAUCAUAUUUGAAGAGACGAGGCCCACAGCGGUCCGUGGAUGUUAUUGUUUCAUCUGCUUUUCUACUGACCCUCUCUGUGGUCUUUAUUUGCUGUGCACAGCUUCUUCAUGUCCAUGAGACAUUUCUUGACUGCCACUACAACUGGGAACUGGUUAUCUGGUGUAUUUCUUUAUCAUUGUUUCUGCUGAGGUUUGUUACCCUGGGAUCUGAGACCAGCAAAAAAUACAGCAAUACCUCUAUUCUGUUGACAGAGCAGAUCAACUUGUAUUUAAAAAUGGAGAAGAAACCUAAUAAGAAGGAAGAGCUAACCUUAGUGAACAAUGUGUUGAAAUUAGCUACAAAGUUGCUCAAGGAGCUGGAUACGCCAUUUAGACUUUACGGACUGACAAUGAACCCUUUACUAUAUAAUAUUACUCAGGUGGUAAUACUGUCAGCUGUCUCUGGAGUCAUCAGUGACCUGCUGGGCUUUAACCUAAAGCUUUGGAAGAUCAAAUCAUAACAAGAAAAAAAUGGAUUCAUGUUUGAACUUGGAGUAGAAUAAUUUAACAAUCUCUGAAGCUAUAGAAACUGACUUUGGACCUUAAGGACUGGACCUUUGUAUUCAGACAUAUCAAAAUGCUUACACCUGAGAUGUUUGUGCAAUUAAGAUAUUUAUUUUACCUGUUCAGUGGUUCACUUUACUUUGCACUUGUAA